GCAGCGUGCCAUCGUCGCAGCAUUCUUCCAGGGGCGUGCAGAGCGCCUGCGGCAGCAGCCACCGCGUAGGCAGAAAGUUCUGGUUGUUGACAACAUAGAGGACGGCGGCCUAGCAGCUGCUUGCGAGCUGCAGCUGCGGGAAGGAAAACGUGCCUUCCUGACCUCCGUGGCCGUGGCACCACGCUGGCGCCGGCGGGGCUAUGCCAGGAAGCUGCUGAGGUCUGCGGAAACCGCGGCAAGAAAAUGGGGCUGCCAGGUCAUUCUCUUGGAUGUGCGUGAGGACAACACACCUGCAGUGCGGCUGUACAAGUCGGCUGGGUUUUCGCAAAUGGGCUGGACUCCAGUAGCGGAGUUGGAGUUUGAGUGCCUUGUUGCCGGUAGAGGCAGCCGCCGUUUUUGCCGCAAUUUACGUGGUGGGGCUGAUCCUGACUUCGAGGAGGAGCCAGGCCACUCUGAGCUGGCUGUAGAGCUGAUGCGGCGGGUGCUCUAUCAGGUGUGCCUUGGCCUGCUUCUGGGAGCAUGGGCCAAUGCCUGUAUGAGGUGA